CUCUUCGAGUCUGAGUUGCGGAACAAAUGCUCUUACAAAGUAACCCUACCCUACUGGGACUUGAGCCUUUAUAAAACAGCCGACGGUUUUUCUAACUCGUCAAUCUUUGACAAUAUCAAUGGAUUCGGUGGUAACGGACGGCAUUUCGAGGACAUCAGUGAUGACCAGGAGUUCCUGGUCAAGGACCCCACGGAAAUUCCGGGGAGAAGUGGAACAGGCUCCUCAGUCGAACCGCAGCCCCAAUGCUUGCGUCGAGAUUUCAGUCCCACCAUCAUCGACAGCGCCCUGAGAGACGAAGUUAGAGACCGCGCUGUCUCGGCGCCGACCUGCGGCGAACUCAACUCUCAAAUCCAAGGCUACAGCUCCGAGCUCGAUGGCCUAACUCUCCGCGCGGGCACGCAUCUUGGUAUGGGCGGUGCUAUUGGGGAAGGUACGUGCGAAUUAGACGUUGAUGUUUCUGCCCAUUCGGUCCUACUCUGCCUUCCAUCAACUUCAAGAAAGGCUAAUAUAUUUCUUGGACCCGGAAUGCGGACAUGUACUCCUCCCCCGGCGAUCCACUCUCCUACUUAUCAUGUCUACGGCGCACUGGACAAGGUCUGGAAUGACUGGCAGCGGCGAGGUGAGCUGUUUUUUUUUUUUUCUGCUCACAAACUUGACUUUUGUUUCAGUGCCAUGUGUGAACAGACCAGACAAGACAAGUGGACAAGCGGCGUCUCGUUUUCCCCAGCAUUAACAAAAUAUCAAUGGUAA